GCAGUUGAGAGAGAGAGAGAGAGAGAGAGAGAGAGAGAGUAAGCAGCAGUAAGCAGCGCUGCUCCACAAAGAGGCUGAAGCUCAGAGGGGAGGAUGCCAGGCUUGAGGAACCGUGCCACAUGGGCUCCACUGCUGCUGAAGAGCUCCCGCAUCACUUCCUGUGCCAAUGGUUGUUCACUGGGAAUCACAGCACACUUGACAUAUGCUAAUACUGAACCUGAACCUGUAGAAGGGGUAUUUGUGUAUCCGUUGGGGGAGCAUGAAGUGGUGGUGGGGUUCGAGGCGCUGGUCUCCAGCAGGCUGCUGAGUGUGGAGCUGCAGAGCCGGGGAAAGCUGGAGGAAUGCUGUUUGGACUGCUGCCCUGGGACAGGUUUCAGUAAUCAGUAUGCCCAGAGCAGGGAAUGGAACUGCUGUGGAGGAUCCAGCCUGGACAUACAGUGCUCCAAUGGCCAUCUCCUGUUGGACGAGGAUCUGGAGAGGACCAUGUUUAUCGUUGGGACAGGGCUCAUCGCUCCUAUGGAGAUGGUGUCAGUGGUCAUCAGCACCACCCUGGAAGUGCCCACGUUAGAGAAUGGUGCAAUCCAUCUGAUCUACCCCACAGUGCUCACACCUAUCGUCAGAGCCAGGAUGCAAGCAAGCAGAAGCGACAGUGGAGGAAGAUCAGAGGAGACAAAUGCAACGAAGUGUUUUGGAGGUGUGUCUGGUAAACAGGAGAAGCUGCUGGAGGUUAAUGAGCAGUGUGCACAUGCUCUGUUCUCCAACCCAGCAACCAAUCUUGCCCCAUAUGAGCUCACAUUCCAGCUGCUGGUGCGAGGGGCGUGUCUACUAGCAGGCCUAGAGAGCCCGACCCAUGCACUGCGUGCAGAUGCAGACCCCAGCGCUCAGUCAGCUUCUGCCACCUACAUCACUCUGGCUGAAGACCACCCUUACGAUCGGCACCUGGAGAUCAUACUGCACCUGAGUGAGCCUCACAGCCCAUUGGUUAUCCUGGAGAGGGGCCGGCUAACCUUCAGCCAAUACGAGCAGCAGAUCAGUGCCCGACGAGAUUUUAUUCGCUGUGUGCGCAAGGAGGCGGAGCCUGAGAAGAAAGUGGAGUUUGUGAGGAAGCGUUAUCAUAAGGAUGUGCUGAGUAAUCCGGUGCUGAUGCUGAACUUCUGUCCAGACCUCUUGUCUGAGCCUGUGGAACUGCAGCAGGUCAGCAGAGAACUCAUAUUCCUCAUCGACCGCAGUGCCAGCAUCACCCAGCGCAGCAUCGACAAGAUCAAGGAAGGAAUGCUGUUGGCCAUUAAGAGCCUUCCUCAUGGUAUCAUGCUGAAUAUUGUUGGCUUUGGCUCCAUCGUAAAACCUCUCUUUGCCUCCAGCAAACCCUGCACUGAUAGCACUCUGACCCACGUAUUAGAUUACAUCCAGAAGCUGCGUGUGGACAUGGGGGGCAGCAACCUGUUGGGGGCGCUGUCCUGGGUGUACCGUCAGCCGGUUCAUCGCAGCUUCCCUCGACAGCUCUUCAUCCUGACUGAUGGCUCAUCGGGGAGCGUUGGCCAAAUGCUGGAGCUGGUUAGGAGGAAUACCUGUAACAGCAGGUGUUUUGGGCUGGGUCUUGGGCCUCGGGCCUGCAGAAGGCUGCUUCAGGGCAUCGCCAGGGUGACAGGAGGAAGUGCAGAGUUCCUCUGUGAGGAAGAGAGGCUUCAGCCAAAGCUGAUAAAGUGUCUGAAGAAAGCUCUUGAGCCGGCGCUGACAGACGUACGGAUUGACUGGUAUGUGCCGGACAACACGGAGGCUCUGCUCUCGCCCAAUGAGAUUCCACCGCUCUACCCAGGGAAUCGGAUGAUUGGCUACUGCACUCUCUAUGAUGUCUCUGCAUUUAAAGAGAAGAAGAAUGAAAUGAAGGGUCAGGCAUUCAGGCCUGUGCCGAGGGACUCUGCAGGGUCAGUGUUUGAGCUGUCCCCGGGAUCAUCUGAGCUGCUGCAGCCACUGGUGCCGGCCAGCGAGAGAGAGCCAGUGGAGGAUGGAGAGAUUGAGGAUGCUCUGAGAGAAAUCUCACGAGAAAUCUCAUCUGAAUUCUCCUGUGCGCUGGCCACGGACAACGCCAGCAACUCAAUCACUGAUCAGGACUACGCAGUGAGUGAUGUGCGUUGGCGGAUGGAGCAGGCGUCGUAUGUGCAGGAGCAGUACAUGCUGACCCGCUGCUCUCUGGGCAGUGAGAGGGGGCUGGCCUCUCUCUCUCCCCCAGCAGAGAGCCUGUCUCUGGGUAUGGACACCGGCUCACUCCCGCAGGGCCUGGAGAGAGUGCCGCCGCAGGGCAGGGGGCUCUCUCGCUGGGAUUCACCCUGGCAACAGAACACCGCCUCCUCCUCUGAGUCUGGAAAGAUAGUCCGGCUGUCAGAUCGUGAGGAGUGUGUGCGCAGGCAGAAGGCUCUAGCUCGAUGUGCUCUGGCCGGUCGCAGUUUCUCCUCUCCGCAGGGGGAUCUGGACAUGCACCGCCUGCGGAGGGCGCUGGAGAGAGUCUCCUUCGAGCAGGCUGUAGGAGGCAGGAUAGAGGAGCAUGACACAGAGACCCUCAACACACCCCAGGCUCUGUCUCUUACAGACUCCAAUGGUCUGCUGUUUCCAGCAUCUCCACUGGACUGGGACAGUUUCACUGAUCCUGAGGGUCUUUUUGCUGCCGCCCCUUCCAGCGACCCUCAGGGUGGUCCGGCCCAGUGCCGCUCGGUCAUCCACGGCCUGCUUGGGUCCCGACCUGUGUCCUGGGAGGUUAGUGUGGACCUGUCUGUGCUGUGGGCCCCUGAGGUCCCCACACGAGGCCCCUGGGAUGAAAUCAUCCAUCAACUCACGUCCCGCUCCGUCAUCCGAGACUUUGAGAACAUGGCAGAGAAGGAGACGGACAUAGAACAUGGUUCUUCUAAGCGGUAUCGUCUGAAAGCCAUCCAGACCAGUAAAAGCUGUGGAAUCGUCUGCAUGUACACAGCGUUUACUGCCACGGACUUCAGUCCCAACAAAACUCUGUCAGAACCUACAGACAUACGACACACAGGAGUACGUUUUGGGAGCAGGCGCAGUACCAGCAGCAGAAGACAGAGGGCGUGUUCCGUUGGGCUCGGACGCAGGCCGUCCAGUAGAGACAGUGAGGAGACAGAUGACGUACACACCUUGACAGACAGAGAUGACACUCCAGCUUCUCCACGCAGUCUGGCUUCUUAUGACAGCAGUGUGGGUGGGAGCGCACAUCCUGCCAGCCCUUCUGCCGUCUCAUCCCGCUCUCAGCGCUCCAUCGAGAGCAGAUCCGUUGAGAGUUUCUUCAGCACCAGGUUUAACCUCAGCAGGCUUAAGUCCAGCCACAGCUCAGGAAGGCAAACUCCUCUCAAACCACAGUGCCUGUCUGCAGAAUGCGACACACACACAGACUCCCAGUCACCUGAUUACCUACCUCUGGUGCGGCUACAGUUGGCCUCAGGUGUGUUUCUGUUGUGCGAGUCGUUCUCAGAGUGCAUUCAUAUCCCUCUGGAUCGUCUAAAGAGGGCAUCACCCUACCAGAGCCACCGCAGCAGCCUGAGCCCACCAUACCGCUGCAUCUCACCCCCCGUCAUCCGACCCACCGCCCCCUACACACCUGCAGAUCCCACCAGUGCCCACCCACAUCGCACCGGCCUACGCCGCUACGACAACAAUGAACCCCUAACCGCUCUCGCUGACCGCCUCAGCUCAGAGGAGGGGUCUCCGGAACCGGUGGGUGGAGUCCCACAGGCGGACAGCGGGCGUGGCUCUGAGACGGACAUGUACGAGGGCUCUCCGUUGGAAGGUACAGAGCCUCAGGGAGAAGGGCUGGCUCAGCUAGAUGUUGAAAGCUCCAGCUGGGCUACAGUGGUGGCUCUGGCUUGGCUGGAGCACCACUGUGCCGGCUUUUUUGUGGAGUGGGAGCUGGUGGCAGCCAAGGCCGACUUCUGGCUGAAGUGCCAGUCGCUGCCGGAGGGCGUGGACCUGCCGGGGCUGAAGGCAGCAGCAAGGCAGCUGUUUCUGCUGCUGCGCCACUGGGAUGAGAACCUGCAACUCAACAUGCUCUGCUACAACCCAAAUAACAUGUGAGGGAAACCUCCAACUUGAUAUGGUCUGCUGAAAUGAAAUGAUGGUAGAAAAAUCAACAUAGGUCCACACAGGUCUGCUAAAUUUUGAAACCUACAACUUUACAUGCUUCACUAGAACACUAACAUACAGAAUAACUGCACUUCCAACUCCACAUGCUCCACUAGAACCCAGUAGGCAUAUAAUAGAACCUCCAACUUUACAUAGUCUGAUAUACCCCAAAGGACAAAUGAUGGAACCUCCAUGUUCAUAUGCUCUACGAGAUCGCCAACAAAAUAUGACUGCACCACCACCAACACCAUAUGCUUUACUAGAUCCCAAAUGCCAUAUAAUUGAUCCUCCAACUUCACAUGCUCUGCUAAAACACAAAGGACAUGAAGGCUACGUUCACAUUACCAGGCUGAAGUGACUCAAAUCUGAUUUUUUGCUUAUUGUGACUCAGAUAUGAUUUUUUCAUGGCUGUGUUCAUGUCUGUGUGCAGCUGUGCAGCUAUAACAGCAAAAACAGCAAAAGCAAAUCACCUAUCCUUUUUUCACCUCCUCAACCUAAGCACGUUUUUUUGUUGGUCCUGAAGAAGGCGAUGUUUAUACACGUACCAAUGUGCGAAUGUGAGGUGUUUCAGGGACAGAUUAGUUCACACUACACACAGAUACAGCUCACUUACAUUUGUUAAUGUAAACCGUCAAGAUCUGAGCAAAAAAUCGGAUUUGAGCAAUGUGGCUUGUAAUGUGAACAUAGCCAAAGUGACUCAAAUCAGAUUUGAAAUACUUAGAUUUGGCACGUGUACACAGCCAUUAAAAAAAAUCAGAUCUGAGACACAUUUAGCAAAAAAAAAAAUAGUUUUGAGUCACUUCAGCCUGGUAAUGUGAAUGUAGCCAAGUUGUUCAAGUCACAUUAGGUACACGUGACUCCGAGUGUGAAAUAUGGCCUGGCAGUGUUUUUGUACGAACACAGCUUUAGUACAUGAGGCUCCAGUCUUCGUAAUAGUUUUAGAGCAACAUAAUGCAAUAUGAUUCAAUCAAUAAUAAGGGCUUAAAUACUAUGAAUCUCCAAACGUUUUCUACCUAAUAAACCAUUUAUAAUACAUACUAUGUAAACUUGGGGUGUGCAAGAGUAAUGGAAUACUUAAGUAAUCAUUUUAAGUGGCAGUAUUUUCCAGCAACAAUGAAAUCACUGUUUGGCUAUUUAUUACACUACAUUUCCCCCAGAAUUCACAUCCCUAUUAUAAACCACAGAGGAGCAGUUCCAACAAUUCACUUCUCCAGCUUUCUCAUCCAACUCAGACCAGACUGACACCAUCUCCUCUUAAGUGCCUCAGUGCAGCACAUUCAUUUUCUAGAUAAAUUAACAAAUACUACAUUUCUGUAAGUGGCAUGUGAAUAUUUAUUUGCAUUCAUUAUUUGAUGUGUCUCCCUUGUGCAGCAAUAACUCCAGUUAAACGUUUCCAGUAACUGCACUGAAAGAAAUGAUGAGUAAAAUGUACUUAAAAAAAGUUUCGCAACUUUCUGCAUUUGCUUUUUUAAGUAAAUUUAAUUUCAGAUAAAUUGAAGUAACUUCAACUCAGUUUCAAGACUUAAAUGUUACAAAGAGUAAAUAAGUGAAGUGAACUUUAGUCAAUGCUUUCUUUUAGUAAACUUUACUUAUUUGUUUUUGCUGAAUCCAUCCUUUCUUUUAAUAAACUUUACUUUUUUUGCUGAAUCAGUCCUUUCUUUUAGUAAACUUUACUUAAUUUCUGCAUACAAUAUUAUCUAAUUACAAUUAAUUAAUGUAUACAAAAUUACUCAAAUAAUUUAUGAUACACAAUAUAUUAUAAUUCCUGAAAUUUAAAUAGUUUUAGUUAAAACAAACAUUUAAAUAUUUACAUAAUCUCAAAGAUGUGUUGUUUGGAAACAACACAUGGAUGGCAUGUAAUACAUUGUUUUUAGUACACGAAAUAGAGACAGUGUAUCGAGUGUAUAGAGACAGUGUAAUAUGUGUUUUUUAACAUAUACAUUUUAAAUAUUUAAAUUUCAGGAAUUAUAAUAUAUUAUGUAUCAUAAAUUAUUUGAGUAACAUUGUAUAAAUUAAUAAAUUAUAAUUAGGUAAUAUUGUAUGCAGAAAUUAAGUAAAGGUUACAAAAAGAAAGGAUUGAUUCAGCAAAAAUAAAUUAAAUAAUGUGUAAUAAAAGAAAGGAUUGAUUCAGCAAAAAUAAAUGAAGUAAAGUUUUACUAAAAGAAAGGAUUGACUGAAGUUCAGCUCACUUACUUUAUGUAACAUGAUUUAAGUCUUGAAACCGAGUUGAAGUUACUUAAAUUCAUCUGAAAUUAAAUUUACUUAAAAGUAAAAAGUAAAUACUAAAAAGUUGCAAAACUUU